AUAGGGAUCCUACUAUUAUGGACAGAAGUAAUAUAGAUAAAUGGAGUUCAAAAGUACUGUUAUCACCGCUUGUGUAGCUACUGCGCUGCAGCAAGCACAGGCAUACGUGAAUAGAUCUAUAUCGAAUAUCGGUUGUCGCCAUCGUGGCCAUAUGACUAAUUCAAGAUGUAGUGUACCAAUACAGCGUCGCGCAAUGGCUACGGAAGAUAGAACUCAUCAAGGAUCGACCGCUGAAUCCAUGGAUGAAAGAAAACGGAAGCUGGUAUUCCUGAGGACAUCAACAGGAAAGGGUACACAGGAGUGCUAUGAAGCAUUGAAUGCAGCCCAGGGUGAUUUGAAAAAGGCAUUGGAUAUCAUACGUAAAAGAAUGGAUAAUUGCACUAGUAGCAGUUCAACUGCGGAAGUUAUUGAUCUGCUACACGGGAGAGUUGCUACCGUGUCAUCUAAUAAUGUUGCCGUCAUCCUGGAGAUGAGAUGUGAAACUGACUUUGUGUCUAGGAACCAGAUUUUCAUAUCAUUGACGAAGACAUUCGCCAAUGCAGCGCAUCAUGUGUUGAGCAAUCAUCCUGAAAUAAGUAACACUGAAUUAUCCAAAAGCUUGUUAGGUCUUAAAUGCAUAAAAUGUGGUCGCACACCAGGCGAGGCCGCUAAUAUAGCAAAGUCAGCACUAAAUGAGAAAAUGAUAGUUACACGAAUAGGGGUUGUAAGGGCCUCACAGGGAGAUUUCGUGACGUCAUACCUACACGGAUCGUUACACGGUCAAUAUCCACUGAGCAUGGUAGGAUCAGCAGCGGCAUUAAUGAAGUACAAUCUUGAGUAUCCGGAUACAAUUGUUAUACCACAGCCCGAGGAAUGUUUACAAUCAAUAGGUAAUACCAUUGGAGACAACCACUCGGGAAAUUGCUGCUGCAUGGAUACUACAGAAUGCAAUUAUACUUCGCAACCUAUAUAUGUUGAGCCUAGUAAUCACACUGGGGACGCCGAAUCAAUAAAGCAUAAACUAUCACAAUUCAUAAAGCAUAUGGUUCAACAUAUUGUCGGGGCUAAACCACAAGCUAUCAGCUUAGAGAGUUUUGACCCCGAAAAGGUACAGGCAGCAAGGCAGCAAUUGGAAGCUGAGGCAGCAGCAUCGGGCAAACCUAAAGAAACCAUGGAAAGGAUAGUCAAUGGCAGAAUACGCAAAAUGUUCGGAGAACAUGUACUAAUGGAACAGAAAUGGGCAUUUGAUGGAGGUAAACCAUCUGUAUCGGCUGCAAUAGAUGAUUUUACUAAAAGAUAUAAAAUAUACAUCAAAAUAAAAGAGAUGAUACAGCUAUCAAUUGCCGACGAUAUGCUAGCAUACAAAGCGCCAGAUGGUACUGAAUACCACCAACCUAAUAUAGCAUUUUAAUUAUAUGGUAAAAGUAAAUGUACCCAA